AUGCAGGCCUCGAGAGCAGACUUGAGAGACUUGAUCUUGGAGAUUCUUGGCUCCAAGACUCCGUGGCUCACCGAGUUCACCACCUUGCCCCGCACAAGGUCCGAGGCGUCCUUGGCUGCGUUCACGGCCAAGGUCUUUGGAAUCACCAGCAGAGCAGAGGCAAACUCAGCAAUCGCGAGUUGCUCCCGCGAACCCACCGUGGUGGCGAAGUUCUCCAAAAAUAUGUUCAAAGCACACUCGACAGCUCCUCCACCAGGAACAACGUGGCCGCUCUCCAACGUCCGCUUCACCACAGACAGCGAGUCGUGCAAAGACCGCUCCAUUUCGUCCAACGAGUAG